AAGAUCGUUUCAUACAUAAAUCCACGAUACUUCAAACUUCUAGCAGCACUGGAGUGGUAAAUCAAUUCAUUACAUUGAGUAUUACAAAGACCUUUUAGAGAACUAUCUCUGUGAAGAUCAAUCGGUUUCCCGCGUAGUUGAUACUUUUUUUUUCACCUCUUUGUGGAAUAUUAUUAUUCCAUAUUACCUUACCAAAACUAAGAGUUAUUGGAACGAAGGUGUCUCUAAACUGUAUUUCGUCACUGUUUUAACACGCAAGAGGCUGUACUCUUCUCAAACCGCUGGAACCAUUUGCAUACAUAUGGCGGGCAAGAUAUAAGGAGACCUAGAUUGAGAAUACUCUCUGACUUUAUUGUUCCUUACUCUUAUAUAAACAAAAAGGUUGUUGGCGGACCCUUGCUGGGAUGGCGUUGCUCAUUUUGAUUGUGUAUCAAGCAUUCCUUCUUACUGUAACCAGUGCGGAUUCAUCACUCCAAGUGCUUAAAGAACAUUUGACCAACUCCGGUUACGACAGAGGAUCACAUCCCAACGAUGGAGUUAAUUACACGUUGAUAUUGGUGGAUCUUUAUGUGGAAUCGUUUGGGAAAAUAGAAGAGGUCAACAUGGAACUAGAUGCGUACAUGUACUUUCGUCAGGAAUGGUACGACCCUCGAUUAGCAAACGUCGUGAACAAAACUGUGCAUCUGGCUAGGGAUGACAUCAACUUAAUAUGGAGGCCUGAUACUUUUUCAUAUAAUUCUCGCGCAACAGAUCUGGAUAAAGAAGACAAAAGCUUGCAUUCCUCUAUGAAUGUGGAACCCUCUGGGCGCGUAUUCUACUCAAGAAAUACUCACUUAGUGUCCGCCUGUAAUAUGGAUCUUCGCAACUUUCCAAUCGACACACAGAACUGUUCGCUCACAUUUGGGAGCUACGGGUUUUCUACGCGCGAUGUUGAUUACAUGUGGAAGCGAGACCUUAUCACUGUCGAACAAACUACGAUGGCGCAGUUUUCAAUCAUAUCUGCAAAACCCUCACGCCGAGUUGGAGUAUACAUCGGAGGUAACUAUACCAUCGUAGGAGCAUUCUUCUUGCUGCAAAGGCGUCUGGGAUAUUACAUGAUCCAGCUGUACCUUCCAUGCAUCUUCCUCGUUAUGCUGAGCUGGAUCGUGUUCUGGAUGAGUCCUGAUAAUGGAGGUGACAGGCUCACUGUCGGCAUCACUUGCAUUCUCACAAUUGUUUUCUUAUUGGGUUACAUUAACGGCAUGUUGCCUAAGGUGAGCUAUGUGAAAGGAGUGGACUGGUUUCUAAUGACGUCAUUCCUUUUUAUCUUUCUGUCCUUGGUUGAGUGUGUACUGGUAGAGAGACUCGCAAAUGAGAAGCAAAAUGAAGAAAACAAGGAGGAAGGAAUACACAACGAAGGACUGAACACUUCUCGAUUAUCCUUGAGCAAACUGGACCUACGUCAUCGCAGGAGCUCCAAAACUUUGAACAUAUCAGGUGAUUCCGUCAAGUCCCCAGCUAAGGGAAGAGUUCAUGUCCUACCAGUGACGGCCACAGCCCCUCAUAACGACACUGGCCCGAAUGACGAGACACCAGAGCUAUCGCAGAAGAAUGGCAGUUUCUUACAGUGUCUUGAAGGAAACCCAAAGUCACCCAGAACUAAAUGUGGGAUGAAAAAAAGAACUCUCCCAGAAAAAAUUGAUUUUGCGUGUCGACUUCUGUUUCCUCUUUCAUAUGCCCUGUACAAUUUGGGCUACUGGUAUGUUUAUUUGCAGGGCAUUGAUAUAAUAACAUAAGAUUUUUGCCUUUAAUCAUAAAACAAAUAAUAAUAUCUACCCCAUCCUAUAAAUGGAGGUUAUCACACAAUUCUCUAGAUUUGUUGCGUGAUGAAUCAGGGUAUGACUGCCUAAACAAGUUUUUGUUCCUGUUGUGGUAUAAUUAGUUUUUUUUCAAAGUUAUAUGUCUACUCGUACUUAAAUAUUAAAUACUUUCCCAGGAAGUACCUGUAACGGAGGUAAUUGGCGUACAUAAAAUCCUUUUCCUGUGUAUAUGCUAAGUAAGUUGUAAAAAGCUAUAUUACGCGCGCGUAUUAAUUGCUUCUAACUUAUGAUCUAUCGGAGGAUAGACGCAUAGGUGACGUCACCAUCAAACAAUAUACCAUAUUGCAGUGGGUCUUUCCAGUAACAGAUCUCAGAUUACGUCAAAAUGUGGCGCAGCUGAGCCUUCAAAACAGUUUUGCUUCUUUAUCAUAUAAAGCAGACAUGUUCCAUGUUGUCGUGCGUUUGUUCAGUAAUAGAUCACAUAUGGCGUCAAAAUGUGGUAAGAACAAAAAGUAGCACAAUACAAUAAGGGUAGCCGAGCGUGUCAGUGAUGUUCUCACCAAAUUUUGAAUCUCCUGCGGCAACAUUGAAUAUAUUUAUUGGAUAGAAACCAGACUGAGCAUUUAGAAUUCAGUAAACCAACUAA